CUCCUACAGGUGGCAGAGAGAGCUCUGUAUUUCUGGAACAAUGAGUAUAUCCUGAGCCUCAUCGAGGAGAACUGUCAGGGUAUCUUACCGAUCAUGUUCGGGACCCUGUACCGAGUCUCGAAAGAGCAUUGGAAUCAGACGAUAGUCUCCCUGAUCUACAAUGUGCUGAAGACCUUCAUGGAGAUGAACAGUACACUGUUUGAUGAACUGACUGCCUCCUACAAAGUGGACCGACAGCGGGAGAUCAAGAAGGAGCGGGAACGUGAGGAGUUGUGGCGGAAGCUGGACGACCUGCAGCUGAGGAAGAUGAAGAGUAUUGAAGACCUCGACAACGUGCCCAACAAACCCAGCCUCAGCUGCCCCGACUAACACACCCCCCAACUUCCCUAAUCCCCACCCCCCUCACCCCAAAAGUGCCAACUAGGAAUCGUAGGCAUUGCCCCAUUCCCCCUCUCCCCCACCCGCCCACCACCUCGAUGGUAUCGGUGAACACGGAGCCAAGUCUGUGUCAGUGGGGCCUUCCGAGCCCCCGUGUCAGUACAAACUCCUGUAGGUUUCUAGACUUACUCCCUCUCUCCCGGGCUGUCAGGGAGACGAAACAAAAGUGUAUUUUACAGCCUCCUUUAAGCAGAGCAGAGUCAGUAACGUGAAGCAGUUAUUCUAGUUCGGUGUUCCCCACCCCCAGAGAAUCUUACCCUGUGUUUGGGUCUUCGCGUCUCUAUCUCCCCAUCUUCCACUCCCCACCCCCACCCCCACCCCCACUCGGAUGGAGCAGAGAAUAAACCCCUUUCUUGUUUUUUAAUCUAUUAAAUAUGGUGCUUUGUGGGUCGAUUGGAGUUCCGGGGAUGUUUCUUGCAGCCUCCCUCUUCAGUGUAGACAAACUCUUCCAGCAGCCCUGUCUCUCAGACUCGUUCUCUCCCACACACACUCUCUCUCUCUCUCUCUCUCUCUCUCUCUCUCUCUCUCUCUCGCUCGCCCUGGAGCCCGUGCUAUUAGGGCUGCCUUGUACGUAGUGUAGGGAAGGGAGGGGGAGGGGAGGUCUGACCAUCCCUUCCCUCUGCCCCUCACCAAUACCCCCACUGAGACUGGGGAUUGGCACCUUCCUAGCCUAACUGGGGCAGUUAGGGGAAGGGGUUUGCACAGAGGGUUAACAGUGGGAGGGGGGAGGAUCGUUCAGCAUGGGGAGAGGUCCGGAGACUGUGUGUGCGCGUGUCUGUCCGUCUGUGUGGGGUGGGGGUGCAGUAUCAAACUUCUGGGAAUCCUGCUUAAACUCCCCACCCCCCCCCCCCCCCCAACCGAGGGUUUUGGGUUGGGAGUGGGGGUGGGGUGAUAUUCCUGAUGCUGUGUAAGCAUUAUCCUACAUCCUCCACCCACCCCCAGGCCGGCUGUCUCCCUGACACCUUCCCCCCCCCACCCCCCCCCCUUCUGUUGUAGGACAGAUGGUGAUUAUCAGCGAUCUGUCACUGUUCAAGCAAAGGGGCUGUGUCACCUCUUCCGCCCCCCCACUCCAGCCCCCUAACCUCCUUACAGCUACGCACUGUCCCAGGGCAGAAUGUGCCUGAUGUGGGCGGCUUGGGGGCAGGAGGGGUGCACCCAAGAGCAUGAAGGGGGAGGGGGGGAAAUAGGAUGUGCCACCCCCUCCCCCAAACACAUGCCCAGCUGUCUGGGUGAACUCCUGGUCUUGCCCAGCACAAGGUGUCAGUGGAGAGGGGUCAACAGAAUACCUUCCCAAACCCAGUGUCAGAGUGGGAGGAGUGUCUGAGAUUAUGACCUACAGAGUCUGGGAGAAUGGGGUUAAUGUAGGAGAGAGGUCUGGGGGCAGCUAGGAGGGUGGGGAAGGGGAAGGAGGUGUUAGUGUUCAAACAUGAAAUGGUGGGCAGGAACCACCCCCGCCCCACAAACUUGACCCUUCCAACACCGCCCCCCCCCCCCCCCCCACCCCCAACCCCAGGAUGUGGUCCCCUCCAGAGGGGACUCUGUUUGUGAGUGGGUGGGUGUGGGGCUUGUUGGUGAGGGAGGGAGAGACGGAGUGUGUGUGUGGAUUCCAAUUGGAAAGGAAAACCCCACAGAUAUCGACGCUGGUUCUCCCCUUGCCCAGUUUCUCCCCCUCCCCACCACCACUGAGGGUCAGCAGUGGGAGGAAGGAGGAAGGGGCUUGUAGAUAAAUGAGAUGACCUCAGACCUCGCUCCCUCUCUCUCCGAGCCUUCCUGAUCCCAGCAGAUCCCCCAGGGACUCAAAGAUCGUGUGCAGCCCACCCCCCCCCAACCUCUGUCAGGACACUAAUGACUGUUAUUUUAUUCCAGAUAUAUUGGGGGAGACGAACAGGUGAAUUAGAGACCGAGCCCCCCCCCCCCCCCACCUCCCCCCCCCCAUGCUGCUGCAUUUCCCCCUCCCUGAUCCCGGUGCGUUGUGUAGAUAUGAGUAGAUUCACUUACAAGUUACUGUACACUACUGAUGAGCUACUGUGCCCUCUCCCUCUCCCCAACCCCAACCCCAACCCCACCCCGAGUCUGAUGUGGCCUGGGGUCUGCCCACUUGUAGAGAGGAGCUCAGGGUGGGAGCUGUACUGAACUCGCUCUGUUCUGUGUGUCUCCCCCCUCCUCAAAGUGCAAUAAAAACCACGAAAUGGCGAACCUC